AGCCGGGCGCCCGCUUCCGGCCUGGCUGGAGUGACGCUUCUGAGGCGAGGAUGUGGCUCUUUUCUCGGGACCCGCUGCGGGAGUUCCCCUUCGAGGCCACCCCGGGGGCCCCGGUGCCUUUCCCGCUGCCGCCCGGGUCGGGGAUCUGGCAGCUGCACCGCGGGAGGAGGAAGGCCACAGGGGAGCAAGUGUCCCUCUUCAUCCACGAUGUGAAGCCCAACGCCGAAGAGCAGACCCAGCUGGCCAAGGCGGCCUUCAAGCACCUCAAGACGCUACGGCACCCCAAUAUCCUCUCCUACAUCGACGGGUUGGAGACGGAGAAAUGCCUACAUGUGGUGACGGAGCCCGUGACGCCGCUGCCGGCCCACCUGGAAUCACGCAUGAGCGAAGGGAGAGGCCUGAGCGAGCUGGAGGUUUCCUGGGGUCUCCAUCAGAUUGUGAAAGCCCUCAGCUUCUUGGUGAACGACGGCCACCUGGUCCACAGCAAUGUCUGCGCCUCCUCUGUCUUCGUGGACCGCGCCGGCGAAUGGAAACUGGGCGGUUUGGAGUACAUGUGCCCGGCGCAAGGCGAGGGUCUCAUGCUUCGGAAGGGGGUCCCGGAGCUGGAGAAGUACGACCCGCCUGAGAUGGGCGAGAGCGACAAAAGCGGCGGCGGGGAGAAAUGGUCGGCGGACAUGUGGCGCCUUGGCUGCCUCAUUUGGGAAGUUUUCAACGGUCCUUUACCUCGGACAUCCUCCCUCCGAUCUUUUGGGAAAAUCCCCAAGUCCUUGAUCCCCCAUUAUUGCGAAUUAGUGGGCGCCAACCCUAAAGUGCGGCCCAAUCCGGCCAAGUUCCUGCAGAGCUGCCGCAGCCCUGGCGGCUUCAUGGACAACAGCUUUGUGGAGACCAACCUCUUCUUGGAAGAGAUCCAGAUCAAGGAUCCGGCCGAGCGGCAGCAGUUCUUCCAGGAUCUGAGUGCCAAUCUGGACGCCUUCCCGGAGGACUUCUGCCGCCACAAGGUCCUCCCGCAGCUGCUGACCGCCUUCGAGUUUGGAAGCGCCGGCGCUGUCAUCCUCACCCCGCUUUUCAAGGUGGGGAAGUUCUUGAAUGCUCAGGAAUACCAACAGAAAAUAAUCCCGGUCAUCGUGAAGAUGUUCUCCUCGCCAGAUAGAGCCAUGAGGAUCCGAUUACUGCAGCAGAUGGAGAACUUCAUCCAAUACCUCAACGAGCCCACUGUCAACAACCAGAUCUUCCCGCACGUGGUGCACGGGUUCCUGGACACCAACCCGGCCAUCCGAGAGCAGACUGUGAAGUCCAUGCUGCUCCUGGCACCCAAACUGAACGAAAACAACCUCAACGUGGAGCUCAUGAAACACUUUGCUCGCCUCCAAGCCCGAGACGACCAGGGCCCCAUCCGCUGCAACACGACUGUUUGCCUCGGCAAGAUCGGCCCCUACCUCAGCGCCAACACCCGGCAGAACGUGCUGAUCUCCGCCUUCAGCCGGGCCACCAAGGACCCCUUUGCUCCCUCUCGGGCGGCGGGGAUUCUGGGCUUUGCAGCCACACACAACUUCUACUCCAUGAAAGACUGUGCCUUCAAGAUCUUGCCGGUGCUGUGCACCUUGACCCUGGAUACGGAGAAGACCGUCCGGGACCAGGCCUUCAAGGCCAUCCGGAGCUUCAUGACCAAACUGGAGAAGGUUUCCGAAGACCCGGAACAACUCUCUGAGCUUGAGAAAGACGUCCACGCUCCUUCCGCCAGCCCAGGAACCGGGGCCAGCUGGGCGGGUUGGGCCGUGACGGGGGUCUCGUCGCUCACCUCGAAACUGAUCCGAACGAAUGCGGGGACGGCGCAGGCAGCGGAAUCGGGGGCGGAGGGGGUCCCCGCCACAACAGAGCCCCCCAAAUCAGGAGUUGGACACCCUCCGCCGUCUCCAUCUGAAGCAGCUCCUGCCUCAUCGAGCCAUUGGGACCUGGAGGAGGAAGCGGCCGAAGAGGACAGCACCGGGGACCGAUGGGAUGACGAAGACUGGGGCAGCUUGGAGCAAGAAGCCGAGCAGCCAAAGAGGCAAUCCAGUCCGGAAGACUGGAACAGCCCAGGCUGGUCGGAGCCAACGUCUUUGGCCAGGAAAGCUGAAGUCCGGACGGCCUCCUCGAAGCUGGAGUCCGACUGGGGCGCCUCGGCCUGGGACCUGGAGCCUUCGUGGGGCCGCAAAAAGGUGGAAGGGCCCACGAAGCCCACCGUCUGUCCUCCGGAGGGGACCAAGCUGGCCAGUGAGUACAACUGGGAGAGCGUCCCGGCCGCUGACAAGCCAGACCCCUUCUCCUCCCUCGCAGAGAGGCCAACGGCAGAGAGGCAGAGAAACACAGACGCCUUCGGAGACUGGGGCCUGGAAGAGAACUGGGAAGCGCUGGAGUCGGACCAAGGGCCUAGCAAAGCGGAGUUGGCGAGAAAGAAGCGGGAGGAGCGGCGGCAAGAGAUGGAAGCCAAGCGGGCCGAAAGGAAAGCGGCCAAAGGACCCUUGAAAUUGGGAGCCAGGAAACUGGACUGAUUCCCGUCUUUGGGGGGAAAAAAGAGACUUAAGAUGCUCUCACGGAGCGGCCAAGGAGGUGAAAGAGCCCGGGUCGGGUUUUAAUUUCUUCGGGAACAGACAAACCACGCUGCAAUCACCCUUUGCGUCUUCCUUUCGACCUGGAUCUUGCAAAAAUAAUAAUAAAGCAUUGGCCGCAUCGGCGGAGUCGACAGAGAAGGAAAGACUGCCGUCGUCGCCAAAUGCGGAGGAGGAAUUGGCUGCAAUUUUUUAACGGCUGCGGCUUCACAUAAUAGUCACAGCCUGCGGAUACUGGGGGGGUAUUUUUCGUAGUUGUCGAGUCGUGGUCGAGAUGUGCGUACGUCUGUCAUUUUUUUAUUGGUCAACGCGGAAGCCGACAAAUAAAUUAACUCUUUAAUGAAAGGCUCGUGGGACCCGGCGGCCCUUUGGCAAGAGAGGGAGGGACACGUCGCUCGAAUCCUAGAGUUGGAAGGGACCCCGGAGGUCAUCUAGUCCAUCCCUUUGCCGUGCGGACACCUGAAAGAUUCCCGUCUCGCCUACAAGACAGUCCUAUUCCAGUUCUUCCCAAGCUCUUUUUCUUGCCGUUCGGAAUUCGUUUCGAAUGUUGUCCCGUUCGUUUCUUCGGAGCUCAAGCAACCUCCACCAAGCAUGGCUUCAUCCUUUAAAAUAUCACCGGCGUUAGCUUAGCUUAAAAACAGAAGUAAACCAAAGCGUAAAGCAGAGUUCCUGAGUUCAUUGAGAGACAUUGUUGGAUCAGGAGGAGCGAGGUUUUCUUCCUUCCCUGAGAUUGAAUUUCCACCCAAAAAGGCGAAAGCGCUGCGGCCGCUUCUUCCUCGGCAUCCAACGGUCCUUCUCGCUUUCUUUGGCAACGGGUUUCGGUGACCGAUCGGCCCUGAAUAAGUGCGCUGUGGGUCAAACGCAUUGGCCCGGCGUCCGAUCCUCGGUCCCGUCAUGUGGAGCUGGUGCUUCCCGCGCAAGGAGGCCGCCUCGGAUCCGAAACCUGUCACAAAAACAACGUUUGCAAGCUUUGGUUACCGCAGGAUUGGACUCAACUCAAGGUCCUCCAAUGUGGUUGUGUACUCGGCAUCCAACUACAGAGUUGUCAGGAAUAUUAAAAAUUGACUACUGUA